GACAAAAGCGUCUUAUUUUUGUCAAAUAUCUUGACACUUUAAUAUUAUAUUGAAUAUACUUUAUUAAUAUAUUUAAACUUAUUUAAUAUGAAUGUGACACUCCAAAGGCACUGCGCUCGAUACAUUUAUGUCAUACCAGAUGGCUUACGAGAACUAAUGAGUGAUAUUUCAAGGGAAGUAUUAAGAAGCCAACCUGAAGAUACAUACACUUUCAUUGCUGAUUACUUGGACGCUUUAUUGAUAACCAGAGAAAAUGCCAGGGUCGCUGCAAGAUUGGUCCAAAGCUUAACAGAAAUGGCCGUGACAACAGCAACAUUCCUAGAAGAAACCGGUAUGCCAAGGGAUGAAAUUGAUAAUAUAGUGGGAGCUAUACAGAAAACCUUUAGAAAAAGUAUCGAUUCCGACGAAGAAGUAAAGGAAAAUGUUGACGAAACACAAAUUGUGUUAGAUAUUUUGAAUGAGAUACAGGUUUCACAAGAAAAGGCUGAAAUUGCAGCGAUCAUUAUUCAGCAGGCCUAUAAAAGAUUUAAGGAGCGCAAAGAACGAGAGAAGCUUCUGUUAGCAGGCAUGGUGGACUGGCGUGUAGCUGCUCGAAGUGCUAUUCAGCUAUAUAGAAAAACAGGAGUAACAAACGAAGAGGCUAAUCGUGCAGCAACCCUUAUCAAAGCAGCAUAUAAAGGCUACUACACAAGAAAACUUAUGAAACAAAUGAGUCCCACCUGCGAAAGUAUCGAUUUUUGGGAUCAUUUCGACGCUCUUGAUGAAGAAUAUUAUGGAGAAGAGGACUAUCAAGAAUUGUUCGAUGUGGACUCUGAAAAAGACGAAAGGUCUAGAUCUGUUAAAAUUGAUUAUAAUACUGUGAUUCCGCAUGUCGACUUCGAUACUGAGGUAUCAAACGCCCCUGCUUCUGAUGGACCAAUAAAGUCUCAACUAUCUACUCCAAGCACCAUCGCCAAACAUUCAUUAAGGAUGAUUUUUGAUGCAGCAUUUAGCGCUAUCGAAAAGCAAGCCACUAUUCCAGAAGAACGUGAGUCUAGUUCAGCCGUUUUAGCUGACUUAGCGGAUACAAAUAAUGGAGUUUUUGAGCUUAAACUUACGUCUUCUGAAGCCAAGCAAAGUGGAGAAGUUGACUUUAAUAAAAAGUUAAUAAGUGAGAGCCAAGAACCAAGUUCAUCUGCUAUUGAAAAUAAAAAUUUAUCUAAGAUUUUUGAAAAGGGAAGGAUGGAAGGAGAAGGCUAAAAGAGCUAAGAUAGGAUGACACCAUUUUUAAAUAUUUUGCUUUUGUUUAAAAUAAAUUCUUGAUAUAG